AUAUAUAGAUGUGGCGAGCUGAACCGGUUUCCAAUUUGAUUUGGAAACUCGAAGCGUCGCCAGCCGCUGUUUUCGAGUUUAUUGCCAACUCUGCCUUGGCACGGUACGCAACGGUCUCGGUAGCUCCGGAGUUGAACCUUAACCCGCCAGUGAAAAUGCUUGACAUUUAACCAGAGUGCCCGUGCGUAGAGAAUUGAUAGCGAAAUAAAUACAAUUUGUGCAUCAACUGUGAUUUCUGUUCAAUUUGCAAACGAAUUAUUGCUCAAAAAUAAUAAUGGAUAUUAAAGCCUCUACCCCGCCAGCCACGACCGCAAUGGAGUCUGGUCCAGGCCAGCCAGGAUCUCCUGUGGCCAAGCCGGGAGGUGUCUCGGGAGCUGGGCUAGGAUCGGCGGUAGGCAAUUCCUCCUCCAAUACCGCCGCCACAUUCCAGCACAUCUUCGAGCAGUUGGUGCAACAAAGCGGCGGCAAUCACAAGCUGCCACCCAAGCAGCUGGAGCACCUGCGCCACCUGCUCGGCAAUGUGAGGGAUGCCAAGAAUCUGCAGAUGAUCGUGGAGAAGUUCAAAAAUCUGGAGCAGUUCCACGAACACUAUGCCGCCCAUUUGGCCAAUAACAACACUGUGAUUUCUCCCGAAGAUAGCAACGACUUGCUGAAGGAUAAUGCCAGGAAGUUCGGAUCAGGCGGUCAGACUUUGACGCCCCGCCACACAAUCGACGCCAUACUGGGCCUGAAGAAUCGCAACGGAAACGGCAACACCAGACCGGAAACGGUCAGCGACAGCGACAUUGAAGCUUCGAUGGGCGAUGAAGAUGCCACGGAUCUGCGCUGCGGCAUGACACUGACUCAGCUGCGCAACAUGGACAGCCACAUGGCCAGCAUGCUGCAGCAGCACGCCAAGAAUGGAGGCAGCUUGCCAUACGGUCCGCCCACCCCUCCAGGGGGACAGCACCCACCGGCGCCACUGCACCAUGGACAGCAGAUCGGUGCUCCGUCAGGGCAUCCUGCCCAUGCCGGGCAUCCCAACCAUCCGCCCCACCAUGGCCAUGCAGCCUUCGGGUACCACAACGCCUUCGCAUUCGGCCAGGGACACGGGUACGGGCACCAGGAGGAGGCGACGGGCAAUUACCUCAGCUCGAUGCAUCAGAUGGUCGAGGCUAAUCAACUGCAGUCUGGCGGGGGCAAUGCCUCGGCCCCGCCGCCACUGCCCCUGCCGCCCAGCUCUUAUGGGAGCCACCAGCAGCACUUGGCCGCCUUGGCUGCGCAGGCGCAGGAGCAGCAGAAUCAGCACGGCAAAUACGCCAAGUCAUCGGCGAUGAGUGCCAUGGGAGGGGGUGCAGGAGCGGGAUCGGGAUCAGGGGCAGGAGUGGGAGUGGGGGCGAGUGCCGGAGCGGGUGGUGCGGGGAGCGGGUCAGUUCCUCCAUCGGGCGGUUAUUUUGUGGACUCCCAGACGGCGCCUGGCUCACAGUCGCAGAUUGGCUACGACGAGCGUUCAAUGUCCUCCGCCAGCGACUUGGAGGACGACGACGAUGACACGACAAAGUUGCACCUCGACGUGACCUCGCCGCCCACCCCGUCGCCCCGCGGUCCACUGGCCCCCAAGCGCAAGUCCGCCGCCGGCGCCUUCUGUGAUGAUAAUGAACCGAAAUUAGCCAACGGCCAGUCGUCCCAGUUGGGAAAUUACGGCAUCCGAGCACGCAGCCUGGACGAGGUGCAGGCGCAGCAGCAUCAACAGCAGCAGCAGUCGCUGCAGCAGUCGCAUCAGCAUCAGCAGCAGGGCUAUCAGAGCGAAUAUCGGAGCAGUUCCAACGGCAAUCCCAAUGGCAAUUCCGGAGAUCAUGGCGAGCGGAUGAACGCCGACAAUGACAGUUUGGUCAACGGGAGCUGUGCCUCCAGCGAGGAUCUCAACCAGACGAACAGCAGCGAGCAGGGCGAGAAGAUCACGUCAGGAAGCGAUGAUGAAGGCCAGGACGAUAACUGCGCCAAGAAGAAGCACCGACGCAACCGCACCACCUUCACCACCUACCAGCUGCACGAGUUGGAAAGGGCUUUCGAGAAGUCGCACUACCCCGACGUCUACUCCCGCGAGGAACUGGCCAUGAAGGUGAACCUGCCCGAGGUCCGCGUCCAGGUUUGGUUCCAGAACCGACGCGCCAAGUGGCGUCGCCAGGAGAAGUCGGAGAGCCUGCGUCUCGGCCUGACGCACUUCACCCAGUUACCCCACCGCCUCGGAUGCGGCGCCUCUGGACUGCCGGUGGAUCCCUGGCUGUCACCGCCACUGCUUAGUGCUCUGCCAGGUUUCCUGUCACAUCCGCAAACCGUUUAUCCCAGUUAUUUGACGCCACCUCUCAGCCUGGCGCCCACAAACUUGACCAUGAGCAGCCUGGCGGCAAUGGGUCAUCAUCACGCCCACAAUGGACCACCUCCUCCGCCGCCCCACGGUGGGCAUGGUCAGCCGCAGCCACCGCCACCUCCACCACCGCCACACGCAGUACCCCACCCGCACGCGGGCCACCAUGUGGUGCCCCUGUCGCAUCUGUCGCCGCACCUGUCACGCAUGUCGCCACACGCCACAUCCUUGGGUUCUCCUCACCACGGAGUCACGCCCCUGGCCACACCCCUGCACAGUAGCCUGCCGGUUAGCUCGGCAGCGGCGGCCGCAGCAGUCUCAUCCUCGCAGUCGUCCUCCUCCUCCGCCUCGCUGGAGUGCAGUGGCCCGGACGUGUGCAUGUCGCCCCAGAACCUGAGCAUCGGCAACGCCGACUCCAACGGAGAGGGGCGCGAUUUGAGCGACCUUGAAGCCGGCAGUAGCAACAGCAACCCGGGCAGCAACCUGGACAAGUGUGCGGCCAACGCCAACAUUGAGCUCCUGGACGUGGGAAGGGACAGUCCACCGCCACCACCUCCUCCCUCGUCGCAACAGUCGCAGACCACUGCCGUUAAAUUAUCUGCCACACCGCCGGCCGACAUGCGCAGCAACUCGAUCGCCACGCUGCGGAUCAAGGCCAAGGAGCACCUGGACAACCUCAACAAGGGCCUAGUGUCCAUGGUCUAGCCACCGAAGGUUCCUAGCCUCAGUGCCCCCGGCUCCUAAGUUUAGCUCCAAUCAAAAAAACACAUUCCCAACUUCAAUUUCUAGGUGUAUCCUAAGUUUAGUGAAUUUCGUAUGUUGUAAGGACCCGAUUCGGAAGCAGAUUAUAAUCUCGUUGUGCAAACUGUACUUGUAAAAUUUUACCUACUCCUAUGACAAAUCGCCGACGAAGAAGUCCAAAUCCUAAAGCAUAUUAGCACAAAAUAAAUACGAUCAAGUUUUAGCGCAA